AUGCUGGAAGCUGCAUUUUCAGUGGAGUGGCUUGCUCGAAGCAGUCGGCCAGGUGAACACGGCCGGGAUCAGGGCAGCCACUCGCUUCCAGGUGAACAAGCGGCGGACCAAGCAGAUCUAAGCACUGCCGAGACGCCGCAUGGGAGAGAUACCGCGAACAACUCCGAAGAAAGCGACAGGUCGCUAACUAAUAUCGACCAGGGGUUCAAAACCCAGCGGCGACCUCUGGAAACCCACGCAGGGGCCGCCUGCAGCGGUGGGGACACGGAGUCCAGGACUGGCGACUGGGCGGAGCGCCGGCGGCUGCGAACCAUCUUCACCGUGGAACAAGUGCGCUCGUUGGAGUUCAGCUUCCAGCGCCAGCAGUACCCGGGCAGCUUCGUGAGGCGGACUCUCGCCGGAGAACUCCGCCUGUCAGAGGCGCAGGUCAAAACCUGGUUUCAAAAUCGUCGGAUGAAACUCAAACAGCAGCUUCAAGUCGCUCAGGCUGAGGCACUCAAAUCCAGAUUGUUCCUUCAGUAUUUCCCCCAUCCAUACCACUCGAUUCAUGGCUUGAGUCGCGUGGCAGAUUCCAGCUCCUUUCAUCAUUGCCCUGAAUCUGGACCUCUCCGCAGCCAAACUUGCAUCUCUGACCGCUUCUUGCAAUGCCUUGACUAUCAGCCAAGUCUACCUCACAUCACACCAAAAGCCAUUGCUAACAGAUUCCACCCUCGCCUCUCCAUUGAAUAG